ACCUGUAUGAUUUUCUUUCUAAUGUAAAACAUGAUAGAAUAUAUUUUAAAGAAUGCUGGUAAUCAAACAGCUGAAGGACCCCAUUGAUUACCGUGAUAUUUAUUUGCCUAUGCAAGUCAGUAAGGAUCAACAACUGUUUGGCACUUAACAAUUCUUCAAAAUAUCUUCUCUUGUGUUCAGCAUAAGACAGAAACUUAAAGAGGUUUGGGACGACAUAAGGGUGCGUAAAUGACAAGAAAAUUUAAUUACUGGGUGAAUUAAUCUUUUAAAAGGAUGUUGCUGCUGGCUUUAGUUUUGCUACACAGUUGCAUAACAAUAAAAUUAUUUGCUAAGAAUAUCCUUUGUGUGUGUGAUGGCAUUCAAUUCUAUCGGACAAGAACGUAAUGCAGUUUCUUAUUUUAACUCAUAGUGUCGCUGUUUACCUGCGAAACAAUGUGUGUCUUUAACACACAUUUUCCGCCCAGUUCAUGAUGUCAUACACAUGGCUUCAAGCUGUUCUCGUUGUAGAAAAUCGUCGAAAGUGACUGAUCGUCUUAUGGUGUACUCCUUUCGAUUUGUCUUAUUUUGAUUUUACAUUUGUCGUUUUGUUGUUGGGCUUAAUUAAUGCUUAAUAUCUGAAGAAUUCCAAAGGUUCCGCGUUGCUUGCGAGAUGUUUGGCCUUUUGUUCUUCGUGCUGAUGGCGCACACCGUUAAUGGAGACGUGAGCUAUUCUUUUCCAGAGGAGAUGAAACGCGGAUCUGUGAUUGGAAAUAUAGCAAAGGAUCUCGGACUCGAUGUGAACAGCCUAUCAUCUCGUAAGGCUCGAAUUGAUACUGAAGGUAACAGAAAACGAUACUGCGACAUUAAUCUGAAUACUGGAGAACUGAUCGUGGCGGAGAGAAUCGACAGAGAGGGGCUUUGUGGAAAGAAAGCUUCAUGUGUCAUAAACCAGGAGCUUGUCCUUGAAAGCCCUCUAGAACUUCAUCGCUUCCUUCUAAAUAUUGAAGACAUAAAUGAUAAUUCACCACAGUUCACAGAUAGUGUCGUUAAAUUCGAAAUACAAGAAUCUGCAGACAAAGGAUCUCGUUACUUAUUAGAUGAGGCUCAUGAUGCCGAUAUUGGUCGGAAUUAUGUGCAAUCAUAUACGCUUCAAGAUAGUGAACACUUUAUUCUUAAUGUACUAACCAGGGAAAAUGGAAGAAAAUAUGGCGAGCUCGUGCUGAAUAAAGAGUUGGAUCGUGAGCAGCAGAAAGAGGUAACAUUAAUUCUCACUGCGGUAGACGGCGGGACUCCACCGAGAUCAGGUACUGUAGCCAUACACGUCACUGUGCUGGAUGCUAAUGAUAAUGCUCCAGUCUUUAGUCAGGCCGUCUAUAAAGUCAGUUUGCCUGAAAAUUCCCCUCUAGAUACUGUAGUGGUGACAGUGAGUGCUACUGAUGCUGACGAGGGACAAAAUGGAGAAGUGACAUAUGCAUUUAGUCAUUUAUCCGAGAUUGUCCGGCAAUUGUUUUUUCUUGAUACAGUGUCUGGAGAGAUUAAACUAAAGGGACACGUGGAUUUUGAGGAGGAGAGUUCAAUAGAACUGCCGAUUCAAGCUAAAGAUGGUCAGGGACUAGCCAGCCAUUGUACAGUAAUAAUAGAUGUUAUAGAUAUCAAUGAUAACGCCCCUAUAAUAGUGAUUAAUUCCCUUAGCAGUCCUGUUCCCGAGAAUGUGUUACCCGGUACAGAGGUUGGCAUCAUUAAUGUGCAGGACAGAGACUCUGAGAAUAACGGACAGGUGCGCUGCUCCAUUCAGCAAAACGUCCCAUUUAAACUCGUACCUUCAAUUAAGAAAUAUUAUUCUCUGGUGACCACAGGUGAAUUAGACCGAGAGCUGCUCUCUGAUUAUAAUAUUACAAUUACUGCUACUGAUGAGGGCUCUCCGCCUUUAUCUUCCACUAAGAAUAUUCAACUGACUGUAGCUGACGUGAAUGAUAAUCCACCUGUAUUUCAGGAGCAGAGUUACAGAGCUCAUGUGCAAGAAAAUAAUAAACCUGGCUCCUCUAUUUGUUCAGUAUCAGCUACAGACCCGGACUGGAGACAGAAUGGCACUGUAGUUUAUUCUCUGUUGUCCUCUGAUCUCAGUGGCUCACCGGUGUCCUCCUUUCUAUCCAUUAACGGAGACACCGGGGUCAUUCAUGCCUUGAGGUCGUUUGAUUACGAACAGCUGAAAAGUUUCAAAAUGCUCGUGUUGGCCAGAGACAACGGUUCUCCUCCUCUGAGCAGUAACGUGACCGUGAGUGUCUUCAUAACGGAUGAGAAUGACAACUCCCCUCAGAUAUUAUACCCCUCUCCGGAAGGAAACUCCUUCAUGACCGAGAUGGUACCCAAAGCUGCUCAGGCGCGCUCCCUGGUCUCCAAGGUGAUCGCCGUGGACGCGGAUUCUGGCCAGAACGCUUGGCUCUCGUAUCACAUUAUUAAAGCCACAGAUCCGGGACUUUUCACUAUCGGUGUCCACAGCGGAGAGAUCAGGACGCAGCGGGACAUUUCUGAAUCUGACAGCAUGAAACAGAACCUCAUUGUGUCCGUGAGAGAUAACGGACAGCCCUCUCUCUCAGCCACGUGCGCAUUGUAUUUACUUAUAUCAGAUAACUUGGCUGAAGUUCCAGAACUGAAAGACAUGUCUCGUGACGAGAGCAGCUCCAAGCUGACGUUUUAUUUGAUCAUCGCGCUGGUGUCCGUCUCCACUUUCUUUCUGACCUUCAUCAUCAUCAUCCUGGCCGUGAGGUUUCGUCGCAAGAGAAAGCCCAGACUGUUGUUUGAUGGAGCUGUAGCCAUUCCCAGCGCGUAUCUUCCUCCAAAUUACGCAGAUGUGGAGGGCGCGGGAACUCUCCGCAGCACUUACAAUUAUGACGCAUACCUGACCACGGGCUCGCGCACUAGUGACUUCAAGUUCGUCAGAUCUUAUAAUGAGGAUACACUGACCACUGACCUGACUUUGAAAAAGACAGCUUUAUAUGAUCUUGAAGGACUUGAUGCACAAUCAAAUGAGGUAAGAUUAAUAUUAAUUUAUUUUGAAUGUAUUCCUUUUUAUUAGGCAUGGAUUUACACUGCUGGACAAAAUUAUUAAAACAUUAUUCUCACCAGCUAAAAAAUAAAUAAAUAAAUAAAAAAUAAAAAAUACAUCAGUCAUUUCCAUCUUUUGCUGUAUUGUCAGUAGGAAAUACAC